UCCCCCGGCACCGGGACGGGCUCGGGUUUCGCCCUUGGCAGCGCAGCGCGGCGCGGGGAGGGGAGUAGGGGGAAGGAGGGGCCGCGCGGUAGGUGUCAUGCAGGACCCUACCCAAGAGCGCGGCGGGGCUUCCUGGCUGCAGAGGGUCUUCGAAGAAGUGCGGGGCUCCUCCCAACUGAGCGUGACCCCCGCGGAGCCACCCCCGGUCACGGUAGUGGCGGUGGAGCGGUACCUGGCCGAGGCGCCGCCGCCGCCGUCCUCCCCCGCUACCGGCCCCGCCGCCGCCGCCCCUCAGUACUGCUACGACGUGACGCUGGCGGACGGCGCGUGCCAGGAGCGCUGCCACCUCGCCCCGCGCCUCAACGGCCUGGUGCAGCGCGCGCACCUGCGGGCCGGCGCGCGCCUGCGCCUGACGCGCUGCUCGUACCUGUACGAGGAGAAACGGCUCAACUAUGGAUUCCUCUGCCUGGAGGAGAUGGAGCCGCUCGGAGCAUCCGCCAUCGGCAUCGCCACCAAUACUGCCACCGCCAGCACGCCCAGCCGCCGCCCGCCGCCCCUCCGCGGGGAGAAGAAGCACUACCUUCCGCUCUGGAACAACGAGGAUCCCUACGGAGACGUGUGGGUGACGGACAGGCCCCAGGCGCAGGUGGGCGUCGAAGUCUCCAAGCUGACUUCUCUGAGUCAGCUGGAAAUGACCUGGAGAAGCAGAGUUCACUUUCAUCCACUUCUUGUGAGAGUCAUGCACAAAUCUAGACUAAGGUACUUUGGAAAACCAGAGAAAAAGGAGGAUAUGCCUUACCAGGCUUACUUUGAAGUUGCUGAUGGUUCAGGCAUGAUGUCAAUGGUUUUGUGGAAUUCAUUAUGUCCCGAGUGGUAUAACAGUAUGAAAGUUGGCACUGUACUUCUUCUUGAGCAGUAUGCUAUCAAAGAGAGCUUCCCAUUUAAAACACAGCCAACCCCAGGGGAUUCACAGAUGAAGAGGUUUUCUACAAUUGAAAUCAGCCUUAACGUUCGAGACCCUCCUACUAAAAUAAAUAUUAUUCCAGAAGAAAUGGUUAAACCAGAGUGGGGAUUACCUGAAGUUAAAUACAGGUUUAUCACAAGGUCAGAACUGGAUGACUUGCCACACAAUCAUUCCUGUGACAUUGUUGGUCUUGUGACAUUUGUAGGAAGGGUUGAACGAGCAAGAAAGAAAGAACAUGGUGAAGACUUCUGGCUCUAUCGUUGGGCACAUGCCAUUGAUGGGACCUCAGACCAACCAUUCAUACUGGAAUUAUUUGCAACUUCUCAGCCAGAUGUAUUUGAGCAUAUUCACCCAAUGACAUAUUUGGUGUGUACACAGAUGAGAGUGGUACGGGACAUCUCGGAGAAUCCUUCCAGCACAGUUUACCUUACAACUUCAAAUGAAAGCCAAAUAUUCAUUACAGGGUGGCACAAGGGCCAGCCAUACACCAAGGAUACCAAAGUGAAAAACUUCAUUCAGUGGACUAAAACACAAAACGAAGCUGAACGACUGAAGAAAACUGUCAUUGGUGGCUAUUACCCUUUUCCACGACCUCCAGAUAACUUCCUCAAAUACUGUAAAAACAAUAAAGUUGGAUCAGUUUUGAAAACCAUAGUUGAAAUGGGGAAGGAGAUUGAAGGUUUGCACUACAGAGAGCACAAACGCAUUGCUGUUCAGGGAAUAAUCAGUGCCAUAAGGUACAUCAGCUGCAGCAGAGCAGCUGAAGAAGACUCAGGAGUGGAGCCUAUUCAGACAGAUGCUUCUCAGUCUCUUGAGAGUUCUGCUGCAUCCAAAGAAGACUCUGGUCACAGGGGGAAAAACACCAAUCUUCAAAACAAAGAAGUUCUGUCUUUACUGGGGCCACAUGGCACUCCUGGGGAAAAGCAUCAGCACCAAGCUCUACUGUCAAAAAAAAGUUCAGUGAAGAGAAAGACCCCACGCAGAUUAAAUACACGUGCAAAACAGAAAAGUGCAUCUGCUGUUCCUGUAUCAAGUUGCCCCUAUUUCACACGAUCUGCAAGAAGAAAAUUUGGCUUGGAUGAAUCUCAGCAUGAAGAUUUUGUGCAAGAUAAAAAUGGACAGGCUGUACCAGACAGUUCACAGCACUGCACAGACAAAGAAGGAAUGAGUGAUAUACCUGAAACUGAAGAGCCUGGAAGAACUUUUGAUUCAUGGCAGAGUGACCUGUGGGCACAAGUGAAAGACAAAUUAAUGAAAUAUUUGCAUCACAGCAAAAUUUUCCCAGAAAGCAUCCCAAGGAGAUUUGAUUAUAUACACAAAGACUUACUUAUGCAACAGUACAACCUGCAUGCAGCAGUACACCAGCCAAAAGAAACCAUAACAGAGAAAAAUAUCAAUGAGUUUAAAACUGCUGGUGGCCUUGGAUAUUAUGAAGUGACAGUUCUGGGUGUAAACCACGAUGUAGCAACAGAUGUUGCAUUUCUGCCACUCUUUAGUCCUGAAGAUCCCCAUUUAUUUAAACUGGAAGACAUUCAAAAUGAUACAUUAUUGUCUUGCAUGAGUUGCAUCUCUGCACGUCAGCAGAAGACCACAAGCAAUGAGAGGCUUUCUGGCAUGUUUCCACUUUCAAAUGAAGUUGUAAAAGCAGCGAUGGAUCUGGAUGGCAAACAUGUUAUCUGCAUCUUGGACAUCUGUCACUUGGGUGAUGAUAAUGUGGAAGUCUUUCUGAGCAAAAUCUACAAGACAGUGGAACCUGGUGUGCUGGGUCCAGUAUAGUUUAAUAACUUAUUUUUAAAAUUUUUAUAUUGUUCAAAAGGAGGGAGAAAAAAACUGCUGUAGCUUUGAAUACUCCCUCUACAUUUAGCACUUUUCUAGAAAUAGCAGACACAAACAUAAAAUGAUGAUUCUUAGACCAAUGUUAAUGGUCAUCUAUGUAACUGGGAAGGAUGGUUGUUCCCUUUUUUUGUUUUGGUUUUUGGGAGUCUUGAAACAGAUUACACAAUGUCUUGGUCACAGUAAUCUUAUCUUUUGGUAGGAUAUCAAGGAGCAUGCUUGUCAUCUCUGCUUCUCUUCUGUGCACAUCCAACACACACAGAAAUGUAGAUGUAUGGGUGAGGACUGAGAAGAGAGGCAGCCUUUCCCAAUACUGAAGGCAACAUUUGCAAAAGAAGUAACUGGGUGUGGUAUAAUUUUAUGCUGGAAAUCAGAAUAUUUUUUAGGAUUAGAAGUUACUGUGGUCUCUAGUGAUCUUUUAGUGAGUGUUGCUAGGGGCAGCCUGGCUGAUCUCUAGGCUUGAACCUUACCUUACUGUGUUUGAGAAAGGGAUUAAAUCCCAUGCUGCCUUUAGUAUUGUGGACUGGGUUCAGUGAUCCAAUAAGCCACUUUUAGUUCUUUUUACCUGAGGAAGGUCAUCUACUGUGUUUUUAAAUGUCUGCUUUUGUAUAUACAGCCUUGGGUAUUAAGUGUAGCACCCAAAGGUUUUAAACAUAUUUAUUAAUUUUUAAAAAAGGACCUAUUUAAAAAAACAAACUUGCUUAGAGGAGCUUGCUUCUAGCUUUGCAAGAGAAGACCUGUCUUUAAGGAGUGCUUAGCACAGCAGGAUAUAUAGUUUUUCACAUUAUUAAGUUUUUGUCUGUUUAUAACCACUGUCCUUUUUAGUAGCACCUGUAUUCUGAGUGCAAGAAGGAGCUCGGCAGCUGCCAGAAGCUGCUACUUCCACAAGAGAAGAGACUUCCAUAGAAUUCUGCCAGCUUCUUGCCUAUAUACUAAGUAGCAUUUGGCUUCUGCCCAGUACAGAACCAAGUCCCACUUUUUCCUCCCAUGUCAAACAGCCUCAAAUCAGCUGGAUCCUUAGGAAAUUAUUCUCAAGCAGGAGCUAAAAGCACAUUGCUAAUUGACAACUUGUCCAUGGGAAAUGCUGGUCUCAGUUCAGUUCUUUGUGAAGAAAUAAUUGCAUUCUGGAAGCUUGCCAAUUAAAUUGUACCAUUAUUUUCCAAAGCCUACAGAGUUAAAUUUAUAGGAACAGAUAUAUUCUUUUGUGGAAAACUUCUAGGCACAUUUUAGCAGCCUGUUGGCAACCAGGUAGUAUCACUUCCAAGUAGUAGCUCACUUAUCUGCCCUUGGGACAGGGGUCUUUGUCUUCAAGUACUUAAAUUCAUAUUAUGGUAAUUGAAAUAAAAAUGUAGCUGUCCUUAUUUCAGCACAAAUUCAUAGACAGCUUCAGAUGAAAAGUAAAAGGCUUAACAUUCUGAAGAAACUCAUAAAUUAUUCUAUCUCUCUAGUAUGGUUUACAGUUUAAGAUGUAUUAAUGAGAAAAGUUUAACUUCAAUUGCACAGAGAAGAAAAGUUAAUGAAAUGUGACUGUAUGUUAAAUGAUUAUAUUUUGUAUGGAUCAUAUAGUAUUAGUUCUAGAGCAGUGUUUGUCAACUUAUGCCUUUCAGAGUACCUUGUAGCCUUGCCACAGAAGGCAAAAGGAAAGCACACCAGCCUGAGAGGAUCACAGUGUUGCUUCUAAUAUGUUAUUUGUGUAAUUUUGUUGCUUAUGUAUAUGUGAAGUUUAGAGGCUAUUGCUCUAGAAUGGGAAAGAUAAGCACCAGCACUUCGUGUAUCAAGCUGUGAGCAAUGCUGACUGUGUCAGCCUGUGUUUUUUUCUUAAAUAUACUUCAGGUCGAAGUCUAAUUUUAAUGAAACUAUUAUUUCUAAAAGUGAUUUUUAAAGUAAUUAUCUUUGUAUGAAGGGACUGGUGUGGCUAGCACUGUCACAGAGCUACUCUACUGAGUUGUUGCAGUCACUUCAUCCAUCCCAUAAACAGAAAUGCAGCAGAGGCUGCAUCAUUCUGCUUACUACACUUUAAACAUGUAGCAUUAAUAAUUCUAUCCUCCGUCUUAGGACUUCCUAACUCUUAAGGAAAUACCAGAAUGUUGUGGGGUAUGUAUAAUAUGCACUUGAAUUUUUAAACUAUACAAUUUUAUUUUACAGAAGGGUUUUUUGAAAUUUUUCACAGCAAAAGCUGAGUAGGAAAGAUAUUUACCCUUGCAGAACACAGUGCUGAUAUUGAAACCACAGGCUCUCUGUGUGUAGCUAGAGAAUAUUAAAUGCUUGUAGCAGACUUGGAAUUUCAGUCCUCCUGGUCAUCCUGUAGAGGCACUUAGCACACUGCUGUAAGUUACACUGAAUUUAAUAUGCCAACUUCAGUUCCUGAAGGGUCACAGUGUUACUGUGUGGUUCUACCACUCAGUCUCCCUCUUCUCUGCCAAACCAGCACUGUAGCACUGGGGUGAAGGUCCUCUGCAAAGAAACUACUUGCUGUUUUAUUUCUCUUGACGUCUAUGGACACAAGUAUAAAACCAAAGUAUUUUUGAUCCUGAGUCUGACAAAACAUGUUAAUUUUGCUAUGUUAAAGAAAGAUACAGAAUCUCUACUCCUGCAAAAUGUCAUAGGAAUCAUCUUUCUUGCUGCUUUGUAUUGCCACUCCCGAGGGUAAAAUAGCAUCAGAACACUUCCCUAGCUGUAGAAUUCAUGCCCAAUUCAGCCAAAGAACUCUACUAUAAAGUCUUAGUUUUGCAUGUUUCUUAUUUUUCCAGCAUUAAUUGUAGAGAAAACCAGGUGAACUAUGUGUAGCUAAUGGUACUUUUCUGUAAAAAACUUGACAAGUCAUAGAUCUUAGAGGUAAGAUCAGUUUUGAAUAAUGUGAUGUAGAACUAGUGCUAAACUGAAAACUGGAAUAUAUAAAUAAAUGUAUUAAUAUAU